AAAGGUCCAAGUAAGAAGAAGAGACAGACACACGCACCCAUUUUUUUGUCUGAAGCUUUUAGCGAAUUUGCGUGUGUGGUUAUGGAGUCUCCGUUCAAACCUGAUGUCGUCAGAGGUCAAGUGGCUCUCAUCACCGGUGGUGGAUCCGGCAUCGGUUUCGAGAUCUCUUCUCAGUUUGGCAAACAUGGAGCUUCUAUCGCUAUUAUGGGACGCAGGAAACAAGUCCUCGACGACGCCGUCUCCGCUCUCCGAUCUCUCGGAAUUCAGGCUAUUGGAUUAGAAGGUGAUGUUCGUAAGCAAGAAGAUGCGAGAAGAGUUGUGGAAGCAACUUAUCAGCAUUUUGGUAGAAUUGAUAUUCUUGUUAACGCUGCUGCUGGCAAUUUUCUGGCUGCUGCUGAGGAUUUGUCUCCUAAUGGCUUCAGAACAGUCUUAGACAUUGAUGCGGUAGGAACAUUCAACAUGUGUCACGCAGCUCUCAAGUAUCUUAAGAAAGGAGGUCCUGGGAGAGACUCAUCAACCGGUGGCGGUUCCAUUAUUAACAUAAGCGCCACUUUGCACUACACAGCUUCUUGGUAUCAGAUACAUGUAUCUGCAGCCAAGGCUGCAGUUGAUGCUACAACAAGAAACUUGGCAUUGGAGUGGGGAACUGACUACGACAUUAGAGUGAACGGGAUUGCACCAGGUCCCAUUGGAGGUACACCGGGAAUGAGUAAACUUGUACCUGAAGAGAUUGAAAACAAAACCAGAGAGUACAUGCCUCUUUAUAAACUUGGAGAGAAGUGGGAUAUCGCAAUGGCUGCACUCUACCUCAGCUGUGAUUCUGGGAAAUAUGUGAACGGACUGACAGUGGUGGUAGAUGGAGGACUGUGGCUUAGCAAACCACGCCAUUUGCCUAAAGAAGCGGUGAAGCAACUCUCUCGUGCGGUGGAGAAGAGGUCUAGGGCCAAGCCUGUUGGUCUGCCGACCAGCAAGCUGUAGAUCAUUUGGAUUUUCUCAGAUCUCAAAUAAAAAUGUAUUGGGUAAUUGGAUUACAUCAGAGACAAAAAUUGGUAGUAAGAUCAUGUAGAUCAAACUAUCUUAAGCACAAUAAAAUUAGCAUUCUUUACAACA